AUGUCUUCACCUCUUCUCUCAGAUGCUGAAGAAUCUAACACUACACCAUCAACUGCAUCAACUACAUCAACUAAAGAAUUUGUGCCAAAGGAAGGUAAGACAGUAGAUAUCUAUUUGGAUCUUGUUUAUGAAGAAAAGGCUGAAAGUGAAGGUGAGAAGAGUGAAAGUGAUGAAACAAGUGAUGAUGAUAUCCCUACUGCUGAUAUAAAUCAAGUAGAGUAUUUGACACUAGUUGCCACUACUGGCUUGCUUAAGAAAACAACAUCAGUUGAACGAAACAAAGCACAGAAUUUGGUAGAAGACCAGUAUAAAGAAUUAAAGAUAAAUCUUGCUAUUUCAGAUGACAUUAAAGAAAGAGGUCAUGAUGAUAAUUAUGAUAAUGAUAAAGAUUUUUUUAGUGAGUUGGAAGCAAAUUUUGCACAAACAGGCAAGGAAGAAGAAACUCAAUUGGCAUGCAAAUAUCUCUCUAUUUCAGUGACCUCAGUGCCAAGUGAGAGACUAUUUUCCGAUGUGGGUAAUCACAUUUCAUCAAAGCGAACUCGUUUGUCACCUGAUUUAGUAAAUAGGGUCUUAUUUUUAAAAUGUAAUAGAGUUCAUGCUGAUAUGUUUCCACUACAAGAAUAA